AUGCGAGAGCGCGUACCGACGUCGGAGUGUCGGAAUGGAAGUCGAAGAGCAACGAGCUACGUCGGUGAUGGAGAAGUGCCGUCGGAGCGCAAGGAGACACUCUGUGAACUAGAAUCUACGUCGCUGAGAGUGAACGCCGUCGGAGAGCCGUCGCUUGCACUAGUGCCGGCAGUCGACCGUGGACGGUCGGUCGUGGACGCACCGCCGAAAACAACGAGGGACACGGCGUUAGGAAGGGGCGCCGAAAGAACAAGGAAAUAUCCGGCGUCUGGAACAAAGAGGGGUCCGUCCUCAGGCUACAGGAUAGAUAGCACUCAUGACGUUUUCCAGGAUAAGUCGGAGCCCAACACGCUGGUAGCUUGCUCAGUUCCAGUCUUAAUAAGUAAACGAAAAAAGCAAAACAAGACGCACUCAACUCAUCCUGCUGAUUUAUAUAAUUUAGCACCCAUUCCUGAUCAGCCACAGCCAGCAGAUAAUGAUUUUAACACACUAAACCUAGCUUUAUUAAAUGUCAGGUCUUUGGCAGGAAAACCAUUUUUAAUCAAUGAUUUUAUUAUCAGGCACGAUCUUGAUUGUCUGUUCUUAACUGAAACCUGGUUAGAUCAAAAUAACAGUGCUGCUGUUCUUAUUGAAUCAACUCCUCCCAACUUCAGUUUUAUAAGUGAGGCCAGAGUGCAUAAGAAAGGAGGGGGAGUGGCUGUUCUGUUUAAUGAUUCCCUCCAAUGCAAGCAGAUAUCUUAUGGAAACUUUGCCUCCUUUGAAUAUGUGGCUGUUAAUUUGAACUCUUCUUCCAGAGUUAUGUUCCUAAAUGUCUACAGGCCACCUAAAUACUGUGCAGCCUUUUUAGACGAAUUUUCUGAACUACUGUCUACAAUCUGUAUUGACUUUGACUGUGUAGUUAUUGUUGGUGAUUUUAACAUUCAUGAUGACAAACUCCAUGACAAAGGGACUAAAGAAUUGUAUUGCGUCAUUGAUAACUAUGGACUGAAUCAGCAUGUGACGGAGCCCACACACAACAACGGUCACACUCUGGACUUAGUCAUGUCCAAGCGUGUUAGCAUUUCUAAGGUUGUUGUGAUUGAUGCUGCCCUCUCUGAUCAUUCCUGUGUUUUCUUUGAGAGUGCUAUCUCUGUGCAGACUAAUGUUCAAAGAAAAGUAAUCACAAAACGGUACAUAACAGAAAACACCUGUGGAACAUUUAUUCAGGCUUUCUCCUCCACGCCCACUCUCCCUUGGGUCUCAGUAAAUGAGCUUGUCGAUAAUUUCAAUGUGAAAAUUACAAAUAUUAUUGAUGCCAUUGCACCCACUAAGGUGAAAGUGGUCCCUGGCAAAAAGAAGUCUCCAUGGAGAAACUUUGCCAGGGUAAAAAUUGAAAGACUUCGAAUCUACAACUUGGAACUGAGAAAUGCAAGGCAAUCCUUCUGCUCUGACAUCAUUGCCAAAAACAAUAAUAAUGCACGGGCCUUGUUUACUACUGUCGACAGGCUAACAAACCCUCCUGUGUCAGUAGCCCCUGAACUGCUUUCCACAAGGGCCUGUAAUGAAUUUGCCUCCUUCUUCACCGACAAAAUUCAGAAAAUUAGGCAAGCAGGCAGUGCCUCCACAUUAGGUGCAGGACAUGUGUUGUCCAUGUGUCCACUUAUAAUCAAUUCAAAUACCAUGACACAAUUUUAUGUUAUUAACCAUAAAACCUUGGAGGACAUUAUACAACAUUUGAAAUCCUCCUCCUGCUGCCUCGAUAUUCUACCAACAGGCCUUUUCAAAGGUGUAUCAAACCGCAUGACCUCAGACCUUCUACAGAUUGUAAACACGUCCCUUCUCUCAGGUGUCUUCCCACAGGCCCAGAAAACUGCUGUUAUCAAGCCUCUCUUAAAAAAGAAAAACUUAGACACUUCACUACUGAACAAUUAUAGACCAAUAUCAAACCUCCCAUUUCUCAGUAAAAUCAUUGAAAAGGCUGUUUUUAAGCAGCUGAACAAUUUAAUGUUAAUGAACAGCUGUUUUGAUGUCUUCCAGUCAGGAUUUAGACCACACCACAGCACAGAGACGGCUCUUGUUAAGGUCUUCAAUGACAUUCACUUAAACACAGACAAUGGCAAAAUUUCAGUCUUAGUAUUACUAGAUCUCAGUGCUGCAUUCGACACAGUCGAUCACAAAAUAUCACUAGACCGUCUGUAAAACUGGGUGGUACUUUCGGGCACAGCAAUAAAAUGGUUUGAAUCAUACUUGAAGGACAGGGACUACUUUGUGUCUAUAGGUAAUUACACAUCUGAGCGUGCAAAAAUUACAUGUGGAGUUCCCCAGGGCUCCAUUCUGGGGCCUCUUCUGUUUAACAUCUACAUGCGUCCACUGGCUCAGAUCUUGAAAAACAUCAAAAUAUGUUACCAUAGUUACGCAGACGACACACAAAUCUACAUAACAAUAUCACCAGGAGACUAUAGUCCAAUACAAGCACUGAGUAGAUGCAUUGAGCAAAUCAACGAUUGGAUGAACCAGAAUUUUCUCCAAUUAAACAAAGACAAAACUGAAAUAAUUGUUUUUGGAGCCAAGGAAGAACGGUUAAAAGUUAGCACCCAGCUUCAAAUGGUAAUGCUAAAAACAACAAACCACGCCAGAAACUUAGGAGUAGUCAUGGACUCAGACCUGAACUUAAACAGCCACAUAAAAACAGUCAUAAAGUCAGCCUACUAUCAUCUAAAGAAUAUAUCAAGGAUUAAAGGACUUAUGUCUCAGCAGGAUUUGGAAAAACUUGUCCAUGCAUUUAUCUUCAGCAGGCUCGACUACUGUAACAGUGUCUUUACAGGUCUCCCUAAAAAGUCGAUCAGACAGCUGCAGUUAAUUCAGAACGCUGCUGCUCGAGUCCUCACUAAGACCAAAAAAGUAGAUCACAUUACUCCAGUUCUGAGGUCUUUGCACUGGCUUCAUAUCUUUCGAAGAAUUGAUUUCAAAAUACUACUGUUGGUUUACAAAGCACUGAAUGGUUUAGGGCCAAAAUACAUUUCUGAUCUUCUGCUUAACUACGAACCACCCAGACCUCUCAGAUCGUCUGGGACAGGUCUGCUCUGUGCCCCCACAGUCAGAACUAAACAUGGAGAGGCAGCAUUUAGUUUUGAUGCACCACAUAUCUGGAACAAACUCCCAGAAAACUGCAGGUCUGCUGCAACUCUCAGCUCUUUUAAAUCUAGACUGAAGACUUUU